CAAUCUCAGGUACGAAUCCGCAGCGCCGUGGCGAUAUCUUCCCUUCGAUCGGCGAAGGUUUUUGGAUCGUCAUCAACCAUGGCUGCUGCCGAAGCUCCCCUUAAUUAUGUUGGCGUUGCUAGAAAUUCCGCCGCUUUCCGCCUCAUGAAACAAAUGGGAUGGGAAGAAGGAGAAGGAUUAGGAAAAGACAAGCAAGGUAUCAAAGGACAUGUCAGGGUUAAGAACAAACAAGAUACUGCAGGUAUUGGAACCGAACAACCAAACAAUUGGGCAUUUGAUACAACUCAGUUUGAUAGCAUCCUUAAAAGGCUUAAAGUGCAAACCACUGCUAUCAAGAGUGAUGAAGUAAAUGAUAAUGAUAAAAUACACGAGGAAAAAGGGACAGAGAAUACUCAAAACAAUAAAGAAAUAGUUAGUAAAGUCACUCGUCCACAAGGAAGAUAUAAGAAGAGAGAAAGGGGGAAGCUUGUCGAUUCCUACUCUAGUUAUGAUCUUGAAGGAAUUCUUGUCAAAAAGACAAAGUCUACACAGGCUGAUGAUGUCCAGAAUGUGUCAGAGAUACUGCAUGCAUCUGAAACCCUAGUUUCAAGUGCUGAAGGUAACUUUUAAAGCAUGCUUUCAGCACCAAACAGCUAACUCCCUUCACCGUGUUAUAAAAUCUUCCUUCAACAACCAACCGAACAUAAUCCCACCUCUGUUUUGGUUGAGGUACCCAACUGUCAUAAUCUUACCCUUGUGAAAAAAAGUGCAAGACUGUUUAUGUUACAUCCUUGAUGCAUUCUUGCGUUUAAUAUCCAAAACUUCGUACAGAGUAAGAAAAAGAAGAGUAAAAUGUGUCAUUUUUAUAUAGUUAUUUAUCUGAAACAAUAAAAAUUCUAAAAAAUGGACCUUUUGGCUCCAUUGGCAAUGGACACAUACUAACGGUUAACAACUUGUUUCCCUAAAUUUUUUUGAAGCCUAUUUUUCCAACUUGUUAAUCUUUAGUAUGCAUCCAUUGACAAUGGUGUCAAAUUUAUAUAUACCCAAAUAUAGAGCUGUUCAUGUU